AUGAAGCUAGCUCUUUUGGGCAAAAGUAAGCUUGGAUUUGUUGACGGAACCCGUGUAAAAACUAUGUUCAGAGGCAAACUCGCAGAUCAAUGGGAGAAGUGUAACGCGAUUAUACUUUCAUGGAUUGGUAGCACUGUUGCAGCUGAGUUGAUGCCCAGCAUCAUGUUUGCGUCUAGUGCGAGGAAAGUGUGGAGUGAUUUCAAGGAAAGGUUUGAUAGAUGCAGUUUGACUAGAAUAUAUCAUCUAUGGACAGAAAUCGCCAGUUUGAAACAAGCAUAUGCUAUAGUAACACAGGAAGAAGGUCAAAGAUCCUUGGGUGUUGGUGAUGCAGAUAGAGAUCCUCAAACUAUGUUAGCAGGAAGAACUCAAGGCUUCAAGCCUAAGAAAGCAGGGCUAAUCUGUGAGCACUGUGGGUACAAAGGACACCAAAAAAAAAUUGUUACAAAAUUGUUGGAUAUCCAGUUGAUUUCAAGAGUAAAAAAGAAACCAGCAGGAGCAGGAGGAAGAACCUAUGUCAACAAUGUAGCUGUAGAAGAAUACAACAGUAGUGGAAGCCUUCCACAAGGACACUUCCUGACAGAAGAACAAUAUAGACAACUGGUGGGAUUGCUAAACAAACCAUCUGGUGGUGAGAGUUCUAUCAAUAUGGCAGGAGCUUUACAAUGGCAGGGUAUUGGGGAUUGGCUAGGUCAUGCUUCAUUGAAAGCUAUGAAACACAUUUCAUCCCUACAAGGCAAAAUAAAUACUAGGCAACUAGAAUCUUGCUCUAUAUGUCCCUUAGCUAAACAAUGUAGAUUACCAUUUCCUGUUAGUAAUUCUAAGUCCACUGCUAUACUUGAACUUGUCCAUCUAGAUGUUUGGGGACCCUAUAAGGCACCCACUUAUGAUAGGAAAAGAUGUCCUUAUACACCUCAACAAAAUGGGGUGGUUGAAAGGAAGCACAGACAUAUCUUGGAAGUAGCCAGGGCACUGAAGUUUCAGAGUGGGAUUCCUAUCAAAUUUUAUGGUGACUGUGUGAAGACUGCUGUAUAUUUGAUCAACAGAAUACCUUCAUCAGUUUUGGCAAGAAAAACACCUUUUGAAUUAUUAUAUGGGAAGAUUAGCAGGUUGGAUCAUCUAAGGGUAUUUGUCUACCUAUGUUAUGCAAGCAAUCUGCCUAAGGGAGACAAGUUUGCACCUAAAGCAAGGAAGGGAGUUUCCACAGGUUAUGCUGAAACUCAAAAAGGGUACAGGUUAUAUGAUAUGGAGGCAUAG